CUACAUGAAAGUAUUUAAAAUAAAUUUAUAGAGGCUAGUAAUAAUAUGGUUGAGUUUUACCUUGAAAUCAGUUAGCAUUUACAUCUACGUCAGAAACACGCCUUAUGACUUCCGUGUACGUACGAGUCAGGCCGAUUAUCAUUGGCUCUUGUGCGGAACUGAAGCAUUUUCCCGCGCUGUGUUAUUCUCAAAACAACUCACCGAGUACAGAACUUAUUAGCCUCCACGGAAGAGAGUCAAUUUGAUAUUUAAAAUUGCAGUGUCACGGCGCUUUCACUGUCGUGAACACAUUGCGAAGAAUGCCGUCAUCAUCGUUUGAUUAUGACCCAGCGAGUUUACCAGAUUUACUGCCGCUUUACUACCGACGACUGUUUCCUUUCUCACAGUACUACCGUUGGAUCAACUAUGGAGGUGUGCAGAAAAACUAUUUUCAGAACCGCGAGUUCUCCUUCACCCUCAAAGACGACAUCUACGUCCGUUACCAGUCUUUUACCACGCAGAACGAGAUGGAGAAGGAAAUCCAGAAGAUGAACCCUUACAAAAUUGACAUCGGAGCGGUCUAUAGUCACAGACCCAGUCAACAUAACACCGUGAAGUCUGGAACCUUCCAGGCUCUGGAGAAGGAGCUGGUGUUUGAUAUUGACAUGACCGAUUAUGAUGAUGUCAGAAGCUGUUGCAGUGCUGCAGACAUUUGUUCCAAGUGUUGGACUUUGAUGAUCAUUGCAAUAAGAAUCCUGGACCGAGCUCUUCGGGAGGACUUUGGCUUUCAGCACCUCCUGUGGGUCUAUUCUGGCAGAAGAGGUGUCCAUUGUUGGGUGUGUGACGAAGUCGCCAGGAAGCUUUCGGUAUCCGCUCGAUCCGCGGUGGCAGAAUACCUCAGUUUAGUCAAGGGUGGUGAAGAAACUGUGAAGAAAGUGGUGCUGACGGAUCCUAUUCAUCCUUUUAUUAGAGAAUCCCUGUCAGUGGUCGAGCGAUACUUCUCCACGUAUGCACUGGAGGAACAGGACGUAUUGGGCCGGAAGGAGUCGGUACAACAAGUGUUGGGCCUUGUGCCUGAAGAUGUUCGAAAAGAGUUACAGCAAGACUUCAAACAUGAGAGGAACCCGCAGAGUAGAUGGCAACUCAUCAUGGAACAAGCCAAUAAGAAACAGGUGGCGGGCAAGAAGGGCCAACACUUUGAGAAAGAAAUCAUGUUACAGUAUUGUUACCCACGACUCGAUGUGAAUGUCAGUAAAGGGGUGAACCAUUUGCUAAAGAGCCCCUUCAGUGUCCAUCCUAAAACAGGCCGCAUCUCCGUUCCCAUUGACCUCACAGAACUGGAUACGUUUGAUCCUUUCCAUGUACCCACAAUCAGUUUGAUCUGCAGUGAGUUGGAUCGUGUCAAGGCGGGUGAGGAGGAACAGGAUGAAAAUCCGGACGUUAAGGAAAAUGAAGAAACUGCUGAGAAACGAAAGAUCAGAGAUUAUAAGAGAACCAGUCUGGCAAAAUAUGUCAAGUAUUUUGAUAAAUUUUUAGAUGGCGUCUCUCAGUCAUGGAAAGGAGAACUUCUCAAAAAGAGUGAUCUUCAAAAGCAAUUUUAAGACGACGAUGCAAACCAUCCUCAGUUGGAGCUUUGAUGAUGUUGCCAUUUCUCAGAUAAAAUGACUUGAUUAUUCUGCUUUGCUACAAUAUUUUUUUACUGUAUUCUACAAUCCUGAUUAAAUGUUAAUAAUACAUUUUCUUGCCACCCAUUAUGUUGCUAGAU